AUGAAGCCAAGAACACCUCGCAAUCUCCAGAUCUUUGUGCAGUCCCCAGAUCUCCAAAUCCCCUCCCGCCCCCUAAUUUUCCCAAACCCAAACCCUAAUCUCACCCUCCGCCACAUCAAAUCAUCCCUUUUCCCUUCAAACCCGAUCCCCCACGACUCGCUUUUCUUCACCCUCAAUGGCAAACCGCUACCUGAUUCCACUCCCGUCCAUUCCGCCGUCGCCCCUCUCUCCACCCUCACCCUUCACGCCCGCCUCCGCGGCGGCGGCGGAGAUGGCGGCGCCACGGGCGCGGAGUCCCGCGACUGCUACCUGAACAUGUACGCUGUGAAGAAGCCCGACAAGGUCGACCCGAACGAGAUGCGCCUCUCCAAGUGGCUCAACUGCAGCCUGUCCAACGAGCCCCUGAGGCACCCCGUCGUCCUCGAUAAGCUCGGGAAUCUCUUCAACAAAGAGGCUCUGGUCGAGGCCUUGCUGAAGAAGAAUUUGCCUAAGGAGUUUUGGUACAUCAAGGGCCUGAAAGACAUGAUCCCCGUCGAGCUGGCUGAGAUCUCGGGAGCUAAGGGAAUCGGGACAGUCAAAUUCCAUUGCCCGAUAACGGGGCUCGAAUUCAAUGGUAAGUAUAAAUUCUACGCCAUCAAAAGCUGUGGGCACGUGCUGAGCGCGAAGGGUUUCAAGGAGGUGAAGUCCUCGUCUUGUUUGAUCUGUCACAAGGAGUUUGUUGAGAGUGAUAAGAUUGUUAUUAAUGGGACAGAAGAGGAGGUUAAGGAGCUCUGGGAAAAACUGAAGGAGGCAAAGGCCAGAGCUAAAGAUAAUGUGAAAAAAGUGAAGAAGCUCAAGAAUGGAGAAGAUACUGGGCGGUUGACCGGGUCGAAACACGGUAUAGAAGAGAACGGAAAAAAAGGUGACAUAAAAGGCUCGGCAAAGAAGUUUAAGGCAAUCGAUAUAGUUCCAGCUAAUGCUACCAAAUCUGUUUAUGCUUCCAUUUUUGCUUCGUCGAAAAAGUCGGACUUCAAGGAGACAUACUCUUGCAGGUCUUUGCCUUUAGGUCGAAACUGA